GGUUCUAUCCUGUGUGUCACUGCUGGUCGCUGGUCCCAAAACAGGCACCCGAGCUCCCUCCCAGCGAUGAUAUCCCACCCUGCUAUCUGGGCUUUUCGUAGCAGUGUGAGGUGCUGGCGACACCGGGCUGUACUCAAAGCGGCUCUGGGGCCCCCGGACGUCAGCGUUUGGCGCUGGUACUCGAGCCCAAUUCGUGACGGUGUCACAGGCAUGGAGGCGAUACUGGCGAGGGUGGUUGCACCUUUACCCACAUACGAAACAAGAGACAAAUCCCCUCCUCCUCCCGAAUCAAACAGCUUGGAGUUCAUGCACUUCUACGGCAGCCUCGACAAGGACGACAAACUCGGCUUCCUGACGAGGCUGGCACAGGACUUCGGGGUAGACCACAAAGGCGUUUCAGAGCUCGCCGUGAAGCUGCUGGACACUCAGCUACGGGACUUGGCUACCAUUUUGCAAGUAGAAGACAGGCUGCGGUACAGCCUGACUCCCCGAUAUAAACAGUUGCUUUAUCAUAUAAGCAGGGUCGAGGGGGGAGUGAAGUUUCUGGUGGAUCUCCGAGCCGACGUGCUUGAAAUAAUCUCCUCCAAAGCUAGCGAGAGUCCGCACAUCAGGGACCUGAACGGGACGCUAAAGAGCUUGCUGUCUGAGUGGUUCUCUGUAGGUCUGCUCCGACUGGAGAGAAUCACCUGGCAGUCCCCUUGCGAGAUCCUGCAGAAGAUCAGCCAGUAUGAGGCAGUGCACCCUGUAAGGAACUGGACUGACCUGAAGCGCAGAGUGGGGCCAUACCGCAGAUGUUAUGCCUUCACCCAUGCUGCUAUGCCAGGAGAACCCCUGGUUGUACUACAUGUGGCUCUCACUGAAGACAUCUCUGACAACAUUCAGAGUAUCGUCCGUGAGUUCUCCACUCUUGACACUGAGGAGGAUGUGAAUAAGAUAAAUGCAGCCAUCUUCUACUCUAUCUCCUCAACCCAGGCUGGCCUACAAGGGGUGGAGCUGGGCAACUACCUCAUCAAGAGGGUGGUCCGAGAACUACAGAGUGAGUUCCCCCACAUGGGUCAGUUCUCGAGCUUGUCUCCAAUCCCAGGCUUCUCCUCCUGGCUCCAGGGCCUUCUCAGCCAGUACAGGAAGGAGGGCCGUGGCUCUGACCUCCUGUCUGAGCAGGAGUGGAAGGAAGUGGAACAGGCCACUGAUUCGGCCCCGGGCACACCGGCCUUUGAGGCGCUCCGCAAGCUGGUCGGCACGAGCGAGUGGAUGCAGUCUGGGCGGCUGUCCCGUGUCCUAGAGCCCGCCCUGAUGCGUCUGUGCGCCUGGUACCUCUAUGGGGAGAAGAGGCGAGGCUACGCUCUCAACCCGGUGGCCAACUUCCACCUGCAAAACGGCGCCACCAUGUGGCGGCUCAACUGGCACGCUGACACCAGCCCUAGGGGUGUGGCGAACUCCUGCGGCAUCAUGGUGAACUAUCGUUACUUCCUGAACGAGACGUCUACAAACAGUGCGCUUUACCUGCAGAAUAAGGUCAUCCCGGCAUCAGAGCAGGUGCUGGGACUGGUGUCCCAGUUUCAGAAGAACAGCAAACUGUGAGAAAUCGACAAGGGUACACCCAUAAAUACAUCUCUGUCCUGUUAUAUUGCACUUGACAUCAUUAAUAUAUUGACUGAUAUCAAUUAUUUUCUUGUCUUUCUUGUUUUUAAUAUUUGAUUAUAUAUUUGAUUUGAUAUCGGAUUAAUACCCAAAAAGAAAAAACAGCUUCAAAAGCACCACUGAAGGGAUGUCAGCUAAUAUUUUUACUUUUGAGUUUUUUUGAGUCAUUUCUCACAUGACGUCUCAUAUCCCAUCUUCAUCUGUAUGUAGUGCAUAGGUUAGGUUUUUUGCCUCAUUGGGUUUCUGGUUGAAGCUGUUUGAUAUUGUGUAAGUGCUUCCCAGGCUGAGAGACUGUAGCUAAUGAAGCACGAGGCAUCUAUCAAUGCUUUACCAUGUUCCUGGAUAACAGUGUGUGUAAUGGUGAAGCAGAAGCAACACGGGAGUGCAGCUGCUGGAAUAAAUUAUGUUUAGAUUCAUUCAUUUGGCCAAACUGUCUUACUGCCAACAUGCUGAAGAAUAGGAGAGUAUUGGAUUUUUUUUAUAAACACCUGCUGUCACACUGCUUAUUCCUACUAAAGCUCAAUACACAAAGGCAUAGAAUCACAGACUGGAAAUAUUAUUUCAUAUUAAGUAACUCUAAACAAAACCAGAUUUUUCUGCCUUGUAUCAUGACUCAUGACUGCUCAUAUGUUUUAAUAGACUGCUCACUCUGAUCCACUGGGGUGGACCCUCCUGGUACCUCCAUUCAGGUGAUUUUAUUUUUUUUUUGGGGGGGGGAUUUUGUCUUCUCACACACACACACACACACACACACACCACCGCCGACCUCUCCAGAGAGCCAUCGCUGUUCUAACUGCUCUGUACAGGUGCCAAGCAGGGCUCAUAUCAGCCCACAUCCCAUUGUUGUGAAAUAAUAUAUCACAGCAAGUUGACUGUGAAAUUACAUUUUAUCUCUCCAAGGAGCCAAACUUUCUUUUUGUUUUUUUCACAUUCUCUAUCUCUCUCCUCUCUCCCCCGCCCCCCUUCUCUCUCCACGUGCCGCUCUGUGUCCUAGAAACUAAUGGAGUGAGAAAUAAAGUUAAAGUAAAUGGCUA